GGCUGGAGAGAGAGGAACAUCUGUGGCAGCUCUAGCCUUUCUUCUGUAACCACACCCACAGGCGCAUUUCUCAACACUGCGCUUCUCUACCUGUCGAGGAAGGACCAAAUAAAGGACUUAAACGAUAUUAAAGUGACAAGAAAUCCACUGGGAAUAUACGUAAGCACGUGCCUUUCAACUUAUAAUGGAGUAAAGCGUCUUUUGGUUUUGAAGAUAAACUACUACCAGCAAGAGAAGAAUUCCAGAGAAGAGAGAUUUGACUGCCGGCCAAGGACAUGGACUGGAAGACCUUCCAGGCCCUCCUCAGUGGGGUGAACAAAUACUCCACGGCUUUUGGGAGGGUAUGGCUGUCUGUGGUGUUUGUGUUCAGGGUGAUGGUGUACGUGGUGGCAGCGGAGCGAGUGUGGUCCGACGAGCAGAAGGACUUUGACUGCAACACCAAGCAGCCCGGCUGUGCCAACGUCUGCUAUGACCACUUCUUCCCCAUCUCCCACAUCCGCCUGUGGGCCCUGCAGCUCAUCUUUGUCACCUGCCCUUCCUUAAUGGUGGUCAUGCACGUGGCGUACCGUGAAGACCGUGAGCGCAAGUACAAGGCCAAGCAUGGCAAGGACUGCAAGCUGUACAACAACACGGGCAGGAAACACGGCGGCUUGUGGUGGACCUAUCUGAUCAGCCUCUUCGUAAAGACGGGCAUCGAGAUCUCCUUCCUCUACAUCCUCCACCACAUCUACGACAGCUUCUACCUGCCAAGACUAGUCAAGUGUGAGGUGUCGCCUUGCCCCAACACGGUGGACUGCUACAUCGGCCACCCCACUGAGAAGAAGGUCUUCACCUACUUCAUGGUCGGAGCUUCGGCCCUCUGCAUCAUCCUGAACAUCUGCGAGAUCAUUUAUCUCAUCGCCAAACGCUUUGUACGAUGCGCAAACAAGAUGAAGAGGCGCCAUCACAACGUGGCUGUGCACCAUGACGGCUACAGCGACGACCCCUUUAACAACUGCAAGAUGAGUUUGUCGAGUUCAGACAUGAAGGAAAAGCAUCUGUCCUUCAAGACUGAGUACAAGGCUUCGCUCGGGCCACCUGGGAUGAAAGUUCACGAAAAGAUACGGGCCUCUGCUCCUAAUCUGUCCACUAAUUUGUGAUUGAAAGCGAUCAAGAGAUCAGCCGUGUUUGUGCUAGAACCCAUAGACAAACCCCAGAAAACAGACGAAGAACUGUUAGCCAAACAACAAGAUGUGUCAGGAAGUUGAGUCAUCAGUACUGGAUUCUUCCUGUGGGCCCAAGUCCACAUCUAAGACUCUUUUUGUGUGAAUGAACUUUGGUUUCCAAGCCAACAUCCACAAUAUUUACAAGUUAGCUAGAGCCAGAUAGAUUUGUUAAUGACAUGUGGGUUUCUUUUUUAUUCUUGAAUACAAUAAAAGUCUUGAAGCAUUUUAAACUUCACACUUUCACCUAUAUUAGAACAUUCCAGUGAGGUUCCUGUCUUUCCUGUGACGCGAAUUCUGACGCAACAAGGUUAGGAGAUGAAACACUGCACACAAGAAGGCAGGACAUACCUGCCAGAGGUAUUCACCCCUGCAAGUGUCUACAGUUAUGUUUCUGGGCAAGUGUUAGAUGGACAUUUCACUGAUCUCUUUUAUUUAACUGAACUGAUAUCAUAGCUUUGUCUUCACAAUCAAUGACCCCAAAACACAGUGAAGAAUGGUAAACAAUUCUGCCUUAAGAGUGUGGGCACUCCAAAGUCAUGGAUGAGUAUUACUUGAAGGUGUGCAAAUCGGCUG